CUUUUAGGAGGAAAUAGUAAAUUUUCCAAACAGGGCUUUGUUUUAUAGAUCCCUACGGCAAUGUAUCCUUGUGUCAGUGUCAAAUGGCCCCGGUUCUUACAAGUUGUUGGUUAUUAGUGCUUUGCGUGUCCUUUAAAAAGUGAAUUAAGUAUUUUAUGAAAUGUUAAUCAAUACAAACGCAGACUGAAUAAUAUUUAAUAAAAAAAAGAACAACAAAUUGCUAGUAGAGACGAAUUUGUUUAUUUUUUGCCACAACAACAAAACGAACGGCACAAAAAAUGCUGAAGCGUUGAUUUCUGCCACAUAAAACCAAGCAGCAAAACAACAAAACAAAGAAAAAUUCAGAAAAAGUAUUUUAAAGAAGUGAGUCCGUUGGCAAAAAGGACAUUAAACCAAUGGGCCUGCGCACAAAUGCAAAGGAAUGCCAAACGCAGUCGGCGGCGUCUGCUUCGGCGUCAGUCAACAUGAAUGUGCAACACCAGCAAGAAGAUUUUGCAAAGAAAAAACAAGAAAGGGAACAAGAAAUACAAGCCAUACAAGAAAUGUUAAAUAAUAUAACAAAAUCAAAGUCCGAAGAAAAAACGGAUGCAAACGUCCAGAAAUUCAAGGAAAUGGAAAUUAAGACUGAAAUGCCAUCGAAAGACAACAAUAUUGUGAUCAUGCGCAGAAGCAAUACCGAUCUUCAAAUACAAAGGGCAACAACAACAAACAAACCUAAUAGCCAAAAGCCAGUAAGUGGCGGCAGACAGUCACGCAUAGAUUCGGUUAGAUCCCAAAGUGGGGGUAGUGCCAAUAAAACACGUUCAAAAUCAUUGCAAUUGCCGGCGACUAACAAUAAAAAUGUCAACUCCCACGUUUCCUCCACCAACAAGAAAACCUAUGACCCUGAAGAGGCCAGGCGCUUCAUGGAAUUGCAAAAGAAAAAACGUAGAUCGGAAGCUGCAUUGCAACCAGAUGCCAAGGCCAAUCGGGAAAAAGAGGAAAUUAAAAAACGUUUAGAGGAGUUAAAGAAAAACACCCGAAAGUUGGUUAGCAAAAAUUUGGAUAAAAAGAAACAAAAGAACUGCACUAAUCGGUUAGAUGGGGAGAAAAUCAGCAUUGAAAAUAAGACCAUCAAAAGUGAUCGAGUUUCAAAGGAGAGUGUCAGUCUUAAAGGUUUAUCCUUGGAACAAAAAACUAAAGGUCAGCAGAGUGCACGACCUGCAGGAGAAAAGCAAGUUACUGCUCAAUCGGUUUCCCACAGCUUACCUCUUGCUAGUGCCUUCAAGUCCCAUUUGCCGUUGGCUGAAAAUCAUAAACGUAUUGGCCUUUUACGUAAAACUGAAGAUGAGAAAGAUUAUUCAUUCAGUGCCCUGAAAAGCAUUCGGAAUGACAAAGAAAAUCGAGGCCUGGAGGAAUUAACAUCGAAAUUAAAUACCCAGUUUGAAAGUAAAUUACAAAGGGAUAAAGAAAAUGGAAAUGGAAAUGAAUUGAAACAAACUUCUCUGGAACUGAAUAUGCUGGAUAAUGUGUCCGAUUUAGAAAUACCCAAGAAAACUUUAGAAACAAGUCCAAAGAAGCAUGACCUUGGGGCAGGGGAAAUUAGCAAUAAAGAAGACUGCAGGGGAAAUCCUUCAAAAUCCCAAGACCUACCCUUCUUGUUGCGGCCCACAGCUGCUCAAGUUUAUCCUUACAAUUUCAUAAUGGCUGUACGCCGAAAACUUGAGGCCAUUUCCCAACCCACUCCCGUGGUCCCGAUAAAACGGGAAAAGAUGCUGAAAAAUAGUCAGGCUACUUCAACAAAUGAUUUAUUAUUGGGAGAACACAAGGAACCGGAAAAGAAAAGAAAACUAUUAGAUAAUUUGAUUGAAAAUGAAAACAAAAAACGAAAAAGCUUGGAGGGCUCGGAUAUUGCAGAAAAGAAGACUUUGGAGGGUGCUCCCAAAACCACACUUACCAUGUCUCUGGAAAGUUUAAAAUCUCCUCAACAAACUUAUACCAAGGAUUUCCAUAAAGAUACGGAGAAAAUCGCAUCGUCCCUAAAUAAAUCUUUUCAUAGUUCUCAGGAAAAGACUUUCGACUCGGAACUAGAGUUGCUGGGGAAAAUCAAAUCUAAAUAUAAAUCCGUGGAAAGUAUUGUUUCCAAUUAUUCCUCCUCGUCGUUGCCUCUGCCCAUAUCCAAUACUUUAACCGAGGUUUCGUCCCUUCGUACCGAAUCCAGACGCACUUUUGCCAUGUCUCAGGGAAAUUCCAAACAAAGUCAAUUGAAUACCGAGGAUGAGGUAACCUCUAUUUCAUCACAAAUUUUUAGCAGUCCUGAAAAGAAAUAUUCAAAACAAUAUCAAAAUGACUUUGAAUUCGUAAAGCCGAGGCCAGUGAGUCCUUUGUCGCUAGAGAAGGUGGAAAAUUUAAAGAUUAAAAGUAAAUCCAAAAACCAGGAAACACCAGGGGUUGGUGGUUCGAGGGACGAGGAUAGGGAAUUGCAUUUCUCCCAAUUGCUGGAUGAUUUUAAUCGCAGCCUGUCCCAGGUGAUACAAGUCAAUGAACAAUUGAAAUCGACCUUAGACAAAUCUUCACGGAUUCUAAGUCCUCGUAGUAAUGUUAGCAAAAACUCCCAGAAGGAAUCCUCGGAUAAGCAACAACAAUACUCCUCCGAUUUCGAAAAUUCCUUAUCCACAACUCCAGGAAAAGAUAAACUUAAAUUAUCCCUUGAAAAUACAAAUGAAAAAUUGAAGACACGUAAAAGGCAACUAUUUCAAAUGGCCAAUCAAGUCAAGCCUUUGUUGACAUCACCCCCAAGGGAAUCUCCUCUGCCCCAAUUAGAUUUGCAAUUGCAAGAUAAUUCCAACAAUAGAAAAACUUCAUCAUAUAGUCAAGAUCAAGAAAAUGAGGAGGGAGAAGAUGAAAACACUUUGGAGGUGGAUGAAUUUGAACACCAUAAAGUGGAAGAAAUCGCCACAGAAAGUAAAGAGUACGAAAAACGUCUUGGUAUGAUUGAAAAACUCAAGGAGAAUCUAAAACAAAACAUUAAAGAAUCGCAAAACAAUCGGGCACAUAAAUCCAAUGCCGAUAGUUUCACAACAUCGGUUCAUAACAAAAAAUCAAAUAUGUCUGUCUAUACUUCAGAAGAUGGCAGAGAAAAUCUGCAAGAAUUGAAAGCGAAAUCAUUUCCAAAAGAACCGGUGGAACAACACAGCUCAAGGGACAAACAUUCUCAAAUUGAUUAUGAAGAUUGUAGAGAUAAGGAGGACUUAAUAUUAAAAUACACAAAAUCUCUGCAAGAAAAAAAUAGCAAUGAAGAAACCAUUAUUCUAUACAAACGUAAUAAAAUUGUUAAUCCCAAAAGGAGUUCCAGUUCCAAUGAAACCAAAAAAAGGGCCGCGGCCAGUGAAAGUUAUGAUUCGGUAUCAAGUCAAUCGAAUGUGGAAGAGAUAACUUCUUCUAAAUACAGUCAACGAUCCAACAGUAAUUACACAAAAACCGAAACAUAUUCCAUGAACUCCAAGAGUGAGAUUAUGACAGGAAGAGGUUCCAACAAAAAUGAAGCGAAGCGUAACAGUUCAACAAAUGAGCAUUCCAUUAACACCAAUUCCUCUAUUUUAGAAGAUUUACAAAAAAUUCAAGAAUUUUCCAACAAAGAAAAUGAAAAUCCUCCACCUGCACCUUCGCUGAGUUGCAAAAAUAAAACCAAAUCACAUUCGAAAACGGCCGCAAACUUUAUUAAUUGCCACAUCAAUCGGUCUCGAGGGGAUUUUCAGGAACUCAAUACCAAAGAGGCAACUUUAAAUGAAACACAAUUUCAUUUGGCCAUACGUUCAUCACAAACAAGCUGCACUGAAUUAUCACAAAGUGCUGAUGAUGAAGUCACCACCACCACAACCACUGCCAGUAGCAUUAAAUCCAUAAUGAAGAAGCAAUCAAAUGACAUUUCUUCAAAUCCCCCAAGUUACAAUGCAGUUUCCAAAAACAAUCCAAAGUCACAGUCAAAGGAACACAAUCCGAGUAUAAGUCUGCUCUCACCUUCCAAGGCAUCAAGGCGCAUAUCAAUUGGUACGGAAAUUGUAAAUUUCUUUCAUAAAUAUGAUCAUGAACGGUCCUCGGCAGCACUGCACCAAGGUAACGAUACCAUAUCUGAGUCUUCGUUAAAUUACUCAAAUGUGGGUUUGUACGACAAACUUAUUCAAAAUGAAAUGAACAAAACCCAACACUUAACUGCCCUUUUGAAAAUGCGUGAAAAGGCCUUAAUGGAUCGUACCAAGGGUCAGAUUGCUUGGCUAGAGGUUCAAAAGGCCCGUUACAAGGCCAAGGGUUUAUUGGGAAACAUAGCUGCCAUUAAAAAGAAACAACGUGGCAUACUAUUGAAAAUGGAAAAGGAACGGGAAGAGAUCAAAAGAUUGCUCCAAUCAACAAGCAGUAGCAAUACAAAUGUUAAAUCUUCAAUAGCAUCUACUGGAAUUGGAACUAGUGCCCGCGUUCAGCAGCAGCAUUCACCCACAAAAUAUAAGAAAGAUAAAACGACUAGUCCAGCCCAUUUUGCACCCAAAGUACCUUUGGUAUCGCCCAUUACCAACAGAUCUGCCGCGAAGUCCCUAAAAUCACCAGCAGCAGCAGCUGCAACUGUGGCAACCAUAAAACCCUCACCAAAUAAAACAAAUCUACCCCAGACAACACCAUCCAUACUGAAGGCCACAUAUGAAUUGGAAUCCUCUGCGGCCUUGGAAGAACUCUUAAAGAAACGCGAAGAAGAUUUACGCAAACGUCGUCAACAUGUGGAACAUUUAAUGAAAUGGCAUCAACGGCUCGACGAGGAAGAAGCUGAAGUUCUACAAUUGGAACGUCAACUGUUAAGCUAUAAUAAUGUGCAACAGCAUUUCGAAAAGACACCUCAAAGCGACGGCCACAGAAACCAAAAGAAAUCCCUGCAACAAAUGCCACCAUUGGAAGCUUCUUCAGUUGUUGAUGAAGAAGAAGAGUUGACCCGAGAGGUUAAUUUGGAUGAUACAAGUCAUCAUCAUAUUUAUCAGAAUCUAGCCAAGGAAACGGAAAAGAAACGCGCCUCUAGAGCGCGUAAAAUGGAAAAACGUCUCAAGGACAUUGAUAAAAGUCUAAAAGAAUUAUCUCAUAUAUCGGCCACAAACACAACCAACACCACCACAACGACGGCAAGCAAUUCCUCGGCCUUUGUAAUGGGACAUAACAAUGACGACAUUGAAGUGUCAUCAGCCACCCAACAAGAAUUGGAUUUUGUGCGCACCACUGGCUCCAAGUUGAAUAAGUUAUGGCGUCGCCUUACCUCCCAAACGGUGGAGAAAUUCGAACCUACGCGACGUUAUAAGCUGUGUAAGGCCGAUCUUGAACGGCUUUAUGAAGAAGCCAAAAUGGCUGUGCUCAGAGAUUUUGCUGCUGAUGAGGAGCGGAUAGCCCAAGAGUUGUUGGAGAAAAGUUCGGUAACAACAACAGCAAACACCACAGCCAUUGAAAGUCCAACAGCACAAUCACCGCAGGGACAUGUCCUAAAUAAAAGCAAUUUUGUGGAAGUUCCGGUGUUGAAUUUAAAUUUCAGUUCUGGUCACUCAGAAGCUGAUGAAGAUUCUGCUACAAAAUUGGCAAAGGUGGCUGCCGUACCGGCGGCGGCAAAUCAAGGCAUUUACAGUCCCAGUGUUGCGGAGGAGAAUUUCAAGGCUCAAUUGUUAAAUUCUAGUGCCUCAUCGUCAUCAGCUGGGGAGCAACCGGAAGACAUCCUACAAAAGGAACAGGCUGAACAGGCGUUGGAAUUGGAAAGGCAACAACAGCAGGAGAAACAAAAACGUAUUGAGAAUAAUGUACAAAUAUUCUUAGUCCUGACCCAACGUCUGCAUUUGGGAUCCUCUGUAAAUCGCCAUCAACCAGCAACAACAGUUCAUCAGCAACCACCGGGACUGCAGCGUAGUCUCAGUGAUACGGAAAUUGCCGAUAUACCAAAGUUUUCUGCAGCUACAACAACUAGUCAUAGAAAUGUAUCAGCGAACACUAGUCAAAAUAAAGCAAACACAGCAACAACAACAACGGCGACAAUUCAAAAUGUGCAUCAAAAGUCCAAAUCAUGCAUUGCAGAAGUUACAAAUUACAUUCCUUAUGAAACAAACAGACAUUGUGACAAGUCAGCAACGGCGACAACAGCUUCUUCCACAAUUAAAGAACCAACAAGCCGGCCCACAGUUAUUACCACAGUUGGGAGAGUUCCACCCAUAAACCCGUCUCAGACAUCACAGACACCGCAAAAGCUCUCCUUCUCGGGGCAAUUUGAAUAUGAUUCGGAAGCUAAAGCCAAAGAAAUCUCCUCAAAAUUAGAUGAAAUAUCAGCUGCCGUUAAUCUACUAUCUCAAGCUAAUGCCCUGCCCUCAUAUCCUGCAGCGUUACAAUCGAAGAAUUCCUCUGCGGCUCAAGAGGGCGAACAAACAAGCAUUACGGAAGUAGCGAAUCUAAGUACGAACGAAAAUUCUUCGUAUUCUUUGAAUUUUGCCAACAUUUCCAUAGAUAGGCAUUCCUCACCUGGUUCACAACAACUGCAAUCUCAUAACACAACCCAAAACCAACGUAGCAAAACACCCAUCUCACCAACCAAUAAUAGCUCUGAAUCAUCAUCAUCUCAAGUAAAUACUUUUGUCGUUUCGCCCAAUGGCGGCUCAUCUUCGAAAACCUUUACCAAAGACAACAGCACAACUUCAAACUGUAGAACUUUUACAAAAGAACAAACCCCAACAACCACCCCGCCAGGUUUAUCGAAAACCGUAACUGUGGUAAGUCCAGCGAAUUUGGAUAAAACCAUUAGUGAAGAUUACGAACCUGAUUUCGAACCAGAUACAACGGAUGAAACUCAUAUUGAUGAUAUAUCAUUGCCGUUGUAUGAAACGACGGUGAGCGAAGAUGCCACCACAACGAUAGAAGAGGGUGAUAGUGAAGUGGCUGAAACCUCCCGAGGUAAUGGGAGUUUAUCGAAUAAAACUUAUUGUGCUGAAACAAAACAAGAUCAGUUGCCGGUUAAAACGCCCACCAUAACCAUAACUAGUACUAGUCCCGAAAAGGAGCUAUUACCACCACCACCUCCAUUACCGCCACCACCACCAGCCCUCACAGCAACUGCUAGUUCGUCUUCUGUCAUUAGUUUAGCAACAACUACAAGUGGUGCCUCUGGCGCCCAAAUCAUUGCAACAUCGAAUGGCAAUGCUUUAAUGCCGGAUAUUAUAAAUGAAUUGGAAUUGAGACGACAUCCAUUGAUAAUAGAUAAUGAGCAUUUAAAACAAUUGGAACAUGUGGCCGCCUUACCUUACAUGUAUGUAAGGGAAAUUCCCAAUAAACCGCCACCACCCUAUGUACCGCCAGCGCAUGGUAGUCCCAUGACCACCAUAUUCCCCUCGGAAGAACGUAUUAAGGAUAUAACUUUUAGAAGAACGCAUGAACUCUAUUGUGAACUCUUAAAGACUGAAUAUUGCAACGAAAAAGGUGAAAAACUACCCUCAGUUAUGGAGGAACAAAUCACCAAUAUCUAUGAACGAAUUAUCCUAGAUAUUUGCCGUGAAUAUCUAGAAGAGCAUAGCGAAAUUUUACGUGAAGGUGAUCCGACGAAUUUCCACAGCCAGCUGGCAUUUUUCAAUCCCCCUAAUCGCCUGCAUUGCAUACAAAAUGCUAUAUACAAAGAGGUGCGUCACUGCCUGGCCAUGGACAAGACACCACCUAAACGAACACAAAUUUAUUCGGUCUAUGGCCAACGUGCCAAACAGGAUCACAUUGGAAAAAUCAUAAUACAAGAAAUGUAUGAUGAAGAUGAUCGCUGGUGUAAUUUUCAUCGCGAAGAAUCGGAAGUACUAAUAUUAAUUGUUGAGGAAAUGAUUAAUAAAAAUAUACGUGAUAUUGCCAAAGAGGUAAUGUUAGAAGAAGGUAUACCCCUGGAUGAUGGUGAUGCUGAUGCUGAAGAAGGUAUAGAGAUUGAAGAGAUUGUUGAAGAAACAAGUGAAAUGCAAGAGAACUUGGAAAACACUCUUGAGGAGGAGCAAAGAGUAAGGGAAACCAUGAUAUCCUCAGUGGAAGUAACUGAAAAAGACUCCAGCCAACUAGAACGUCUAAACAAUACGAAGUCAAUUGAUGAUAUUGGAGCACCAGCAUCGCCGGUCUCUGCAACGAAUCAACAAUGCCAUGGCAAUGGAGUCGUAAAUGAUACAAGUAACUCCUUCAAAGUAUCCACAUCGGCAUAGUAGAGAUUUGCUGGUCCAUUUUUGUAUGUAUAUAAUCUAGUGUACUGAAGUAAAUUUUAGACAUAAAUGUAUAACUUUUUUAGCAAAACAUUUCAUUUUAUGAAAUGUUUAAUUUUUAUUAAAUUAAUGGCCUGAAUGGAAUGGAAU